AUGCGCAGGAGGGCAGGUGUCGCCGGCAGCCGAGGGCCGCCGGGAGCAUCGCGGCAGCUCCGCGUCCUCAUGGUGCUGUAUCAGGGCGGAGAGGGCGACGCUGCUCCGGCAGCGAGCGGGCAGGAGCCGGAGGUGCCGCCGGGCCGGGAGGACGGGCUGGGUGCGGUGCAGCCAUGCCCGGCGCCCGGCGUCGAGGCGGCGGGUGCCGAGGAGCGCCGCGCUUGUGGCUGCUGCUCGGGCAUGUCCUGGCCGUUCUGCUGCGAGGCACCUGGGGCAAAGAAGAAAGCUGCGUGCCCAGGACUUGGUCUGUUUUAUACCAUACUGUCUGCCUUCCUUUUCUCAGUGGCCUCUUUACUUCUUAAAAAAAUAGAAGAUGUGCAUUCAGUGGAAGUGAGUGCAUUUCGAUGUGUUUUCCAAAUGGCAUUUGUUCUUCCUGGUUUAAUAUACUACAAAACAGGGUUUUUGGGACCAAAAGGUAAAAGAAUUUUUCUUUUCUUCCGAGGAUUCCUUGGCUCUACUGCAAUGAUUCUUCUCUACUACGCAUUACAAGUCAUGCCGCUAGCUGAUGCCACUGUUAUAACUUUUACCUGUCCUGUUUUUACGUCAUUGCUGGCAUGGAUCUUUCUCAAAGAGAAAUACAGCCUUUGGGAUGUUCUGUUCACUCUCUUUGCAGUCACUGGAGUGAUUCUUAUUGCCAGACCACCAUUUCUGUUUGGCUCACGUGUUACAGGGAUUGAAGGAAGUUACUCAGAUCACCUUAAAGGAACUAUAGCAGCGAUUGCAAGCACGUUAUCUGCAGCUUCAACUAUUGUUAUACUAAGGAAGGUGGGAAAGUCUGUGCAUUAUUUUUUGUCAAUUUGGUAUUAUGCAGUCAUUGGAUUAAUUGGAUGUGUUAUAGCAUUGUUUGUUUUGAAUGAAUGGCGUUUACCACAUUGUGGUAGAGAUAGGGUUUUUCUAAUAUUAAUAGGCUUCUUGGGGUUGGGGGGUCAGAUAUUUCUCACAAAAGCAUUACAGAUAGAGAAAGCUGGACCUGUGUCAAUAAUGAGAACAAUGGAUGUGGUGUUUGCUUUUAUUUUACAAGUUCUUUUUCUCAAUCAUAUACCAACUUGGUGGACUGUGGGUGGUGCCCUUUGUGUAGUAGCAAGUAGUUCCGGAACCGCCCUUCGUAAGUGGAGACACAGUGUGAAAAAAGCUAAAGAGAGGGAAAUCUGACAAUACAGACACCAAUUCACUACAGAAACAAGCAAUCUUGAAAGAUAUAUAAAUACAAUAUUUAUUUUUAUUUAUUUAUAUAUCCCAUUUACCAAAUUGUAGUACCAGAUUAUAUCCAGUAAAAUAAGUUGACUUUUUUUUUAA